UGUAAGUCGAAACAUGUGCAACAUGAUCAGCAUCCAUGACCUGCAGCGUCUGGCAUGGUAAAUCUAUGCCACCAACUUCCGAUGCGCUUUGACAUUCUUCUCCCUGCAGCCUUGGUCUUUCUGCAACUCCUUUGGUCCGUGGUCUUUCCACACUUGCCGUGGCCAACACCCGGUGCCACUCCCGCUCCACCCGUUUCACCCGCUCCACCUGGAGCGCCCGAGACGGUGGAGGUGACGGUGGAGGCGAGUGGCCACGGCAGUGGCCUUGGGUGGGCGCCGCGGAACACCGUGCGAUGGCUCGAGGAGGUGGAGGUCACUGAUGUUCCGCGCGGCGCGCACGGUGCGGGGGAGGCAGUGGAGGAGGAGCCUGUGGAGGUGCCGCUGUUUCCCUUGAGCGGGUUCUACGCGUUGGGGAACCGGCCGAAGUUGAAGAUCUUUGAACCGCGCUAUCGGCAGCUCUACAAGGAUCUUCUUUCCUCGAAGAUGCAUCACUUCGCCGUGACCACCGUUGACCCGGAGACUGGACACCUCGCCGCCGUAGGCGUCUUGCUGCGCCUGGAGGCGCUGCAGGACGUGGAGGCCGAGACGGAGGGCGCUGUGAAGUACCUGGCGGAGCACACGGUGCUGAGACGGAUCGAGAUUCAACGCUUGGUGAACCCCGAGGCUUUGUCCGACAGCAGCACCUAUUUGAGAGCUGCUGUCGUGCACUUGGAGGAUGUUGCGGUCGAGGAGCUCCAGGAUGUCAGCCUAUCUGAGCUGGAAGCUGAUACUCUGGAGACCUUUAAGGAUGUGAUCUCUGCCUAUCCUGAGCUCAAAGAACUUCAGGUGAAUGCUUCGCAAAGAGGUCUAUGGGAACUGUCGAACUCAUGGAUCAAUGGCUACUGGGGUGCCGCUCGCAUGAACGAUCUGCGGCAGCAGCUGGUCUCACAGAUGCGGAGUAUACAUGAGGGAAGCCUCAGGGAGGGUGAAGUGAACCAGGAGGUUCAGGAGUUGCAAGAGACUUGGCGAAGACGUGUUUUCCGGGUCAAAACCCGGUCUCCUGGUGCGACUGGAACCGUGGUCCGAUGAGACAUCUGUGACCCUUGGUGAACCGCAGGAUCUUGGUGGAGGGGCGUCCGAAUGGAUCUUUCAAUCUCUCGGGAAAUACUCUCUGCUGUGCCAAACAGAUGCUCAGUUUCUUGUUGUGCAAAGAGGAUUUUCCUCAAUCAAGCGUGGUCGAGCAGUUUCUAAUUAUUGCGCCCAGGUGGGCUUACCUAAGAUGCCAAGAGCUUCUAAUUAAGAGCCUUCAUGUCAUUUUGACAGACUCUAUACCCGUCUAUACCUAGUAACCUGCAG